GAAAAGUUUGUUUUUGUGAAAAAUUAAAGAAAAAAGUUUUAAUAUACAAAACAAUAUCUGAAUGAUCAACCAAUAUCAUAAGAUAAAAGCUUGCUAUAUCAUAAGAUAAAAAUAUUUUUUUUCACUUUACACCGUUGACCCAUAAUUGGAUUUAAUUAAAGCAGAGCAAGAAAAAAAUCAAUCAAAAUGUCGCCCAAAUCGUUAAAUGUACGCGUCACCACAAUGGAUGCCGAGCUGGAGUUUGCCAUACAGCAAGCCACCACCGGUAAGCAACUCUUCGAUCAAGUUGUCAAAACAAUUGGUUUACGUGAGGUUUGGUUCUUUGGUUUGCAAUACACCGACUCAAGAGGCGAUUCGACAUGGAUCAAAUUGUAUAAAAAGCCUGAAUCACCGGCAAUAAAGACCAUAAAAUAUCUGAAACGUGUUAAAAAAUAUGUCGACAAAAAAACAGCGGAUGGACAACAUCACAACGACGAUAGCAACGAAGACGAUGAUGCAGAUGAUAUGACUGGUUCGAUGCCAUUUUCUACUUGGGUAGUAAACCAAGAUGUUAAAAAAGAGAAUCCUCUUCAAUUCAGAUUCCGCGCUAAAUUCUAUCCUGAAGAUGUAGCCGAAGAGAUCAUACAGGAUAUUACACUUCGCUUGUUCUAUUUACAAGUAAAAAAUGCCAUAUUAUCCGAUGAAAUCUAUUGCCCACCAGAAACAUCUGUGCUGUUAGCUUCGUACGCUGUACAGGCACGCCAUGGUGAUCACAACAAGGGCACGCAUACCGCCGGCUUCUUGACGAACGAUCGUUUGUUGCCACAACGUGUAAUUGAUCAGCACAAGAUGUCCAAGGAUGAAUGGGAACAGUCAAUUAUGACCUGGUGGCAGGAACACCGUGGCAUGUUACGUGAAGAUGCCAUGAUGGAGUAUCUAAAGAUAGCACAAGAUUUAGAAAUGUACGGUGUCAAUUAUUUUGAAAUUCGUAACAAGAAAGGUACGGAAUUGUGGUUGGGUGUUGAUGCGUUAGGCUUAAACAUUUACGAGCAAGAUGAUAAGCUCACACCUAAAAUUGGUUUUCCAUGGUCAGAAAUUCGUAACAUAUCAUUUUCUGAUAAGAAGUUUAUAAUUAAACCGAUUGAUAAAAAAGCACCAGAUUUUAUAUUCUUCGCUAGUCGCGUCAGAAUUAACAAACGUAUUUUGGCUUUGUGUAUGGGUAAUCAUGAAUUAUACAUGCGCCGUCGCAAACCGGAUACAAUUGACGUGCAGCAAAUGAAAGCACAGGCUCGAGAGGAAAAAAAUGCCAAACAACAAGAACGUGAAAAGUUGCAACUUGCUUUGGCAGCACGUGAACGUGCUGAGAAGAAGCAGCAAGAGUACGAAGAUCGCCUUAAGCAAAUGGCUGAAGAAAUGGAACGUUCUCAAAAGGAUCUCUUGGAGGCACAAGAAAUGAUACGCCGUCUAGAAGAACAACUUAGACAAUUGCAAGCCGCCAAGGAUGAAUUGGAGUUACGUCAAAAAGAAUUACAAUCCAUGUUGCAACGUCUUGAAGAAGCCAAGAAUAUGGAAGCCGUUGAGAAGGCGAAAUUGGAGGAAGAAAUUCAUGCCAAGCAAAUGGAAGUUCAACGCAUUCAAGAUGAAGUUAAUGCUAAGGAUGAAGAAACUAAACGUUUACAAGAUGAAGUCGAAGAAGCCAGACGUAAACAAGCUGAAGCUGCAGCUGCUCUAUUGGCUGCUUCAACAACACCACAACAUCAUCAUGUCGCAGAAGAUGAGAAUGAAAAUGAAAAUGAAGAAGAACUCACAAAUGGUGACGCUAGCGGUGAUGUUUCACGGGAUUUGGAUAUAGAUGAGCAUAUUAAAGAUCCAAUUGAGGAUAGACGUACAUUGGCUGAACGUAGUGAACGUUUACAUGAUCAGUUGAAGGCCUUAAAACAAGACUUGGCACAAUCUCGUGAUGAAACAAAAGAAACACAAAACGAUAAAAUUCAUCGUGAAAACGUACGUCAAGGACGUGACAAAUAUAAGACAUUACGUGAAAUCAGAAAAGGUAACACAAAACGUCGUGUGGAUCAAUUCGAAAACAUGUAAAUUACUCUUCUGAUUCCAUUGAUUUAAAAAUAACAUUUAUAACAAUAAAAAUAAAAA